UUGAGUGGAGGGAGUGCCGCCGUAUAAAAGCCUCCGCGCGCGCUCCCAUCGGCCAUUCUGGGGUCUGUUUAAAGGUUUCCUUUGAGCUUGAGACACCGUUGAACAUCGUGAAACAAAGAAAAAUUGCCCCACAGUUGAGCCUCUGAGACGACACAAAAAAGCCAUCUACAUUUCUGAUCGUCUGUAUUGGGAAGCUGUUAAAAUUCUUUAUGAUCUGAAGGAGAACAACUGCCACUAAAACAUAAAACCAAAAUUAAUAUUUAGCAACAACUUUCCCUGAUGUUUUUUUUUUAUCAAGCAGCUUUUUAUUGCAAAAAGUUGCUUAUUUUUUUUAAAAAUGAGCAAAACCAAAUUCAUUUUUUUUCUUUAAAAAACACAGCUUAAUCCAAAAAAAGCUAAACCUUGAGGCGCUGUCGACGAGAAAAUUAAUUGGAUAAAUUUGCAAACAUGGGUAGACCCAUAGAUCCAAAAGAGCUCCUCAAGGGACUGGAUUGCUUCCUUGGCAAAGAAGGAGAAGUCAAAACUCAUGAAGGCAUCACUAAAAUUUUUAAUUUAAUGAAAGACGCGCAAAAGAUGGUCAGUCGUUGCAUCUACUUGAACAUUCUGUUGCAGACCCGAGCACAAGAUGUACUCUCAAAAUUCAUCAAAGUUGGUGGCUAUAAGCUCCUUAACACGUGGCUAACAAGCUCAAAAGCUUCCAGUAACGUACCCCUUCUCCAGCAGAUUCUACUCACACUCCAACACUUACCUCUGACCGUGGAUCAUCUAAAACAAAACAAUACUGCCAAAUUGGUGAAGCAGCUCAGCAAAACAAGUGAAGAUGAAGAACUUCGUCGACUGGCUUCCAUACUGGUGAGCGACUGGAUGGGUGUGAUCCGCUCUCAAAGUAGCUCCCAGCCUACAGAACGAGAAAAGAAAAAACGAAAGGAAGAAAACAGAAGCAAAGCACCUUCCAUUCAGGAAAAACCUCAGGAAACCAAAUCAGAAGUGAAGCCUGAGGAGGCUCCUGAAAAGAAGAAAGAAAAACCAAAAUCUCUCCGCACCACAGCACCUAGCCAUGCCAAAUUUCGUUCCACAGGUUUGGAAAUGGAAACACCAUCACUAAUUCCUGUGAAAAAGAACAUAAACACUGCAGUAGCCCCUGAUAAAUACAGUUUCAAGCCAAUACCAUUGAAAAGACAGAUUGUAUCAAACCCAUUGGGAGAUAACCCACCUGUUGAGAAGAAAUACAAACCCCUCAACACCACGCCCAAUGCUACCAAGGAAAUUAAAGUGAAGAUCAUCCCCGCACAACCUAUGGAAGGAUUAGGCUUCUUGGAUGCCCUAAACUCUGCCCCUGUCCCAGAAAUCAAGAUUAAAAAGAAAAAGAAAGUCCUGUCUCCAACUGCAGCUAAGCCAAGUCCUUUUGAAGGGAAGCCAGCUCCAGAAACCACUGCUGCCAAGCCAUCUUCACCAGAGCUGAACCCAGCUUCGGAACCAAUGGAUGUGGAUCGACCUGGUACCCCCGUGCCAGCUGUAGAGGUGCCUGAACCUAUGGAGACAAAUUCCUCAGAGCAUGGAGGUUUAUUGGAUUCAAAGCCGACUGAGAGUCCAGCUGAUUCAACCCAGUUGACAAAGAAGGGCAAAAAGAAGAAAACAGUGAGCUGGCCUGAGGAGAAUAAACUGCGGGAGUAUUUCUACUUUGAAUUGGACGAGACAGAAAGAGUCAAUGUAAAUAAGAUCAAGGACUUUGGUGAGGCUGCCAAGCGAGAAAUAAUGUUGGAUCGCCAUGCCUUUGAGACAGCCCGUCGACUUAGCCAUGAUGCGAUGGAAGAGAAGGUCCCCUGGGUCUACCCAAAGCCUAUUGAUUUGCCUGCCCCACUGGUUCAGCCAGGAAGUGGGAGUCAGGAGAAAUUCACUCAAGCUGAGCGCGAGAAAGGCAUUUUACAGGAGAUCUUUCUCUCAAAAGAGAGUGUUCCUGACAGCCCUCAUGAACCAGACCCAGAGUCCUAUGAGCCAGUGCCACCCAAGCUGAUUCCUUUAGAUGAGGAAUGCUCCAUGGAUGAGGCCACCUACGAUGAAAGACUCAACCCAUCCACCGCCUCGCAGUCUCCGGACGGAGCUGGGGGCUCCAAGCUCCCCCCGGUCCUGGCCAACCUCAUGGGCAGCAUGGGGGCAGGCAAGAAUCCACAGGGCCCCAACCCCAGCUCUUCUUCCAUCAACAUGCAGGAGAUUCUCACCUCCAUCAUGGGCGGCUCAAACAAUCACAAAACAGAAGAGUUGAUGAAGCAGCCAGAUUACUCGGACAAGAUUAAGCACUUGCUUGGCAAUUUGCAGGGCCAGCCUGGACCAAGUCCUUCAGGAGUUCCACAUGGGCUGCUUGGACCAGGACCUGGCCCGGUUGCCAAUGGAUUCCCACCAGGGCCCAAAAAUAUGCAGCACUUCCCUCCUGGAGGGCCAGGGCCUAUGCCUGGACCACAUGGAGGCCCAGGCGGUCCUAACAUGCCCCCAGGCCCUGGUGUGCCCAAUGGACCGCGGAUGAUGGGCCCACCUCCCCCCCAGUGUAAUGAUGGAUACUGGGAUCCUCCUGAUGGUGGCAUGCGUGGUGGGCCCCACGGAGGCAUGAGAGGUGGCAGUCCUGGCCCAGGACCCGGCCCUGGACCUUUCCAUCGUGGCCGUGGCAGCAGAGGUGGAGAGCCUCCUUUCCGAGGGCGAGGCGGACGGAGUGGUGGUCCCCCCAAUGGUAGGGGGGGCCCUCCCAACAACAGCAUGGGCGGUGGCCAUGGAGGGGGACACGGCAGCGGUGGCCAUGGAGGGGGACACGGCGGUGGUGGCCACGGAGGUCACGGAGGAGGGGGCCACCCAGGGGACCACGGCAGGGGACAUCCAGGCGGUCAUCCAGGGGACCACAACCGGGGACAUCCAGGUGGUCAUCCAGGGGACCACGGACGGGGAUAUCCAGGGGACCACAGCAGGGGACAUCCAGGGGACCAUGGCAGAGGUCACCCAGGGGACCACGGCUGGGGGCACGGAGGCGGCCAUGGUGGAGAUAGGUCAAAGCGUCCUGUAUGUCGCCACUUCACCAUGAAAGGCAGCUGCAGAUACGAGAACAACUGUGCCUUUUACCACCCGGGUGUGAAUGGGCCCCCCUUGCCCUAGCAUAUCAGAAGCCUGCGUUCCUCUCACCUAUCCUGACUGUGGCAUCUGGCGCACAUUCCCAUUGACCUUGAACUCUGCCUCGGGUUCCCCUUUCUGACUGAUGCUGCACCUGCUUUUUAUGGCUUCUGUGAGGCCCCUUUAAAUGCUUGGAGCAAGGGAACGUGACGACUUCCUCCUUCGGCAUCUGCUGCUACUGACGAACUGACACACCCUCAAAAGGGAGACUGUUGGGAGGCAUCUUCCCCCUCCCCAUCCGGGGAGGGGAGGCAACCAAUGACUUUGAAAGCACAAAGAGACUUGAAAGAGGGCGGUUGUGUGUUUUUGUUUUUUUGUUUUUGUUUUAAAAGCAAUUUAUAUAAAUAUUCCUGUGGAACCAGCAAAAAAGGAAGAGGGGAAUGUACUUGCUUGCAGCCUUGAUUUAACUGGGCAGUGUUGUUGAAUUUCCCAGGAACCAGACCAGUACUGUUGAACUUGCUUUGGUCUGGAGGAAGAGCUGGCAUCAUCAUCGGCAGGAAAACUCUCCUUUUUAGGAACGUGUGUGUGGGUUGAGGCAGGGGAGAGGGUGCAGCAACUGCUUGUGCAUCAUUCUGGGAGAUCCAAGGGCCGAAAUCCAUUUGAUGCUGCCUCAAAGGGCCCAAUGGGAGAACGGGGAAUUCCAGCCACCGCCACUUGCACAAUAAUACCCUCUCGAACCAGGAUGCCCCAUCCGCCCCUUUGUAACAUACCCCCUUGCAGUGCUCUAUGUUGAACUGCACAGAUGUGGUUUCCCUUGGUGCUAAGUCUGCCAUUGGGGGAAACCUACAAACUGUUUUCUGUGAAAACUCAAUCCGGAGACUUAAUGGUUUAAAGGGGUAACUUUUGUUUUCCUGAUUUACAUGGUUGGUUGUGGUUUUUUUUUUUUUAUUUAAAAAAAACAGUCUCGUAAGAUGUGGACUCUCACAGCAUCUUUCAUCUCCCCUCAUCCUGAAGUGGGUGCAGCAAUCUCUCUCCUGAGGGGGAACAAAAUGUCUCGCUCUGAGUUUUGUAUAUUUUGUACAUUAGUAAUAAACAUGGUGAAAAAGAAAUAUCUAAUUUAACAA